AUGAAGAGCGCUCUUCUUACCGCUGCCGCGCUCCUGGGCUCUGCCCAGGCCGGCGUUCACAAGAUGAAGCUCAACAAGGUUCCUCUUGCCGACCAGCUGGCUAUGAACUCUGUUGAGGACCACCUCCAGAGCCUCGGUCAGAAGUACAUGGGUGCUGCUCGCCCCAAGAACGCUGCCGACUACGCCUUUGCUACCAACGUUCCCAGCGUUGAGGGUGGCCACCCCGUUCCCGUUUCCAACUUCAUGAACGCUCAGUACUUCUCCGAGAUCACCAUCGGUACUCCUCCCCAGAGCUUCAAGGUUGUCCUCGACACUGGUAGCUCCAACCUCUGGGUUCCUUCCCAAGAGUGUGGCAGCAUCGCCUGCUACCUCCACUCAAAGUACGACUCAUCUGCUUCAUCAACUUACAAGAAGAACGGCAGCGAGUUCGAGAUCCAUUACGGCUCUGGCAGCUUGUCCGGUUUCGUUUCCAACGAUGUCGUUUCCAUUGGUGACCUCAAGAUCAAGGACCAGGACUUUGCUGAGGCUACCAAGGAGCCCGGCCUGGCCUUCGCUUUCGGUCGCUUCGACGGUAUCCUCGGUCUCGGUUACGACCGCAUUGCCGUGAACGGCAUGGUCCCUCCCUUCUACCAAAUGGUUAACCAGAAGCUCCUGGACGAGCCCGUCUUCGCCUUCUACCUUGACGGUCAGGAGGGCCAGAGCGAGGCCACUUUCGGCGGUGUUGACAAGUCCAAGUACACUGGCGACCUCGAGUACAUUCCUCUCCGUCGCAAGGCUUACUGGGAGGUUGACCUCGAUGCCAUUGCUUUCGGUGACGAGGUUGCUGAGCAGGAGAACACUGGUGCCAUCCUCGACACUGGUACUUCUCUGAACGUCCUCCCCAGCGCCCUCGCUGAGCUCCUGAACAAGGAGAUUGGUGCCAAGAAGGGCUACAACGGCCAGUACACCAUCGAGUGCGACAAGGUUUCUUCUCUGCCCGACAUCACCUUCACCCUUGCUGGUUCCAACUACAGCCUUCCCUCCACCGACUACAUCCUUGAGGUCCAGGGCAGCUGUAUCUCUACCUUCCAGGGUAUGGACUUCCCCGAGCCCGUGGGUCCUCUUGUUAUCCUCGGUGAUGCUUUCCUCCGACGAUACUACUCUGUCUACGACCUCGGCAAGAACGCUGUCGGUCUGGCUCGCGCCAAGUAA